AUAUAUAACUGUACACUGUACAGAUAAAUCAUUGUUUAGAUGAGCAGGGAGAUGGCGACCAGGUUAGUGAAUUUCAUUCUGAUCAUAUGUGUUUUCGAUUGUUUUAGUUGUCUGGACGGAAAACAGCCGGACCCCAGAAAUCACACCCAAGAAUGGCAAGACCUUAUCUCCUUCGUUUACCAGAAAAUUGAAGGCAUGGAACGUUUGCUGUCUGAAAAGGAUGUUAUCAUCGGUAAAUUAGUUAAGCGAGUAUCAGACUUGGAGACAAUUGUGAUGCUAAACCCUAUCUCGGAGAAUCCCGAAACACGACACCGUGCGAUGUCAAAUACGGACAUGCCUGUAUCUAAUAACGAUUUUGCGCGUCAAAUUCGACCUUCCAUCAAUAAUACCACCAUCCAGCGCGAAAGCGUCAGAUCUCGAUCGACCCGAAAUAAACCACACGAAAACCAACUUCACAAGAAGACUACACCCUUCUCCCGAUUUAGAAUGGCGAAGACGGUUGACUCAAAACGUCGCACUUUUGAAGCCUCCUCGACAAAUAGUUACUACAUUCCUCCCACCUCUCAGCAUUUCACUGGAAAAGACCAACCCACAUAUCAAGCGGACAAGAACGAAGAUAGUGUGAACCUGCCGAAAGCCCAGUUUCCCCAAAGUCGUGUUGCCCCGUCGUCUCCUCGGCGCGCUGUGGCGUUCCACGCGGAAUUUUCCAAGAACAAAGUGUUUUCUGAUAAUGAAAUAAUAGCCUACGACCAGGAGAAACUAGACCAAGGGGGUGGAUACAACCCGGGGGUGGGGCUCUACAUCGUCCCAGAAUCAGGAACAUACGUCAUCACCUGGACAGCAGUUUGUUAUGCACAUAGCGCUUUCCAGACUGUCCUCGUGGUGAAUGGAGCUAUACGAGGAUUAUCGUGGACAGAUGCAGAAGAGAUUAACGAUGACCAUCAAACUACAGCUAUCGUCGUCCUUACGCUGAACCAGGGAGAUCGUGUCUUCGUCCGCAUGGGACGAACUUACGGACGCGGUGUAAUUGUAAGUGAUAGCACCGCUGCAUGGUCUACUUUCUCCGGCUGGAAAAUUGACUGAGAACAAAAACUCACAGGCCAGACUUUCUGUAUUAUUACACCUAACGGUUAAUAAAUUUAUA